AUGGAUGGAGACACAGAGUAUGACGAAGUUGAAGACGUUGUGGGCUGCCACAUUGAAGAUGCUGUAACAUUUUGGGCACAGAACGUCAGUAGAUGUAAUGACCUCUUGAAAUUAAGUUGUGCGCUGGCAGAAGCUUGUCCUCGGGCUAACGCAGUUUUUGGCAAACCUGAUUUUAGUAAGAUUUAUGGUGGCUGUUUUUCUGAAGAUGGAUGUUGGUAUAGAUGUAAGGUACAGCAAGUGAUCAGCAAUGAAAAGUGUCAGGUAUUGUACAUUGACUAUGGAAAUUCUGAGGUUCUGAGUAGAUCAGACAUCGUUGAAAUUCCACCAAACUUGCAAUGUCCAAGUGUUGCCAAGAAGUACAGACUCUGGGGACUGCAGAUACCAACUGAUCAGAACUUAAACAUGUUUGACCAGGGAAAGAAGUUCUUGAGCAGCCUAGUCUUUGAAAAAGAAAUAAAAAUACGUCACAAAGCCAAGCACAAAGAUGGUACCGUUAUUGCCCAGGCAGAAUAUGAAAAAACAGAUAUUGGAGAAGAGGUGGCCAAGGCAGGGUUUGCUGAAAAAUGCACAUCUCCAGGAAACACUGAAGUUGUAGAAGAGAGAAAAGUAGAUGUCAUGCAAAACCAACAUCGGAAGAUAAAUGUUUCAGUUCCAUUGUGGGUAAACAGGUCUGAUCACGCGCUGUACAGCAUCCCAGGAGGGCACUUUGACCAAGUAGCUGCCAGUGCAAGCAAUCAGAAUUUUGCUGGGAACCGUAUGUUUGCCCCAAAGAAAGCUGCUGAAAGUUUUGAGGAAACCCUACAUACUUACAUUGGAACGAAAAUGAGAAGUUUGGCUGCUAAGGUGAAGGCACUGAAAGAAAUGAGGCACACGAAUAAGAACAGUUGUUUUGGGGAGCAGCUCUCACAAGCCAUAGAAGUAGUUACAGAAGGAUGUCUUACUGUUCCGUGUUCCUUGGAAAAAUUACAGAAGGUUUGGACAGAGUAUGACUUGGCUCAGGAGAGGAUUCGGUUAUGCAGAAAUGUGGAUGAAAGAGAUGAAUUGAUCACCAAGAGAGAUGAGGUGCAGCACAACUUGUAUUCAGCAGUGGAAGAAUUAAUUUUGGAAGUGGAUCAAUUGCCCCUCCCUGAGCGCUCAAGAACAUUACAGGAACUGUCUGCUUCUCUGGAGAUGGUGUAUGGUCAAGGUUCUGAAGUAGAUAACUCUGAGGAGGUAUUUCAACAGUUCUUUAAGUGGAAAGGUGUUAAAAUGAAGAAAUUAAUUUGCGUCAGAAAUGAUACAGACACAGCUCUGCAAAUUCUGUCUGACUGGUUCAGCGGUAUCUUAAAGUGUUUUGACCUGAUGUCAGAAGCAUCUUCAGAUUUAGAGGAAGUGGUUGGCAAUGUGGAUGAAAUUCUCAAAAAGGUUGAGUUGGCUAUUUGUGAAGAACUGGAUACUGACUUAAAUGAGCAUGAUGAAGCAGAGAAGGGAAUAAUUAUGAGUGCUUACAAUCAAGUUAUACAUAAUGUUCGUCAGGAGCAAAGUAUGAUCACUGUCAUACAGAACAGAUACUUGGCCAGUGUUGAGUUCAAAAAACAGGCUGAGGAAUGGCUGAAUAGAAGACCUGAUAUUAACAACUUAGUAUCAGUUAAGAAAACUCUGAAAAGCUUAAAGGCCCAGUUAAGGUGGAAGCUGGUUGAAAAGAACAACUUUGAGGAAUCUGAUGAUUACAGUGAGUUUGAAAUGGCAGGAAUAAAAGAGGAAAUUGCUGAUCUGCGAAAUAGGGUUCUUCAGGAAAUAUCCAAGGAACAAGAAGAAUAUGAGAAGCUUAUGUAUUUGACACAGAAAUGGUUUCCUGAGUUACCACUUCUUUAUCCAGAAGCAGGAAUUCUAAACUAUAUGAACUCUGGUGGACUUCUGACACGCAGCCUGGAGCGAGACCUUUUGGAUGCUGAGCCCAUGAAGGAACUGAGCACGAAGCGACCUUUAGUGUGUUCAGAAAUUCAGGGCCAGAAGGUUCUUUUAAAGGGAUACUCUGUAGAUGUAAGCUCAGAAGCCAAAGUGAUAGAAAGAGUUGCCAAGUAUCACAGAGCUUAUGAUCAGCAGAAGGAGAAAUCUGGAUUAUUACAGCUGUUGUUCCUUCUUUUCUGCAAGUCUGAUCCUUUGGUAUAUUUAAUGGUCCCGUACUAUCCAGGAGCAAGUCUGGGAGCUUUACAGGCUGAUACACCUUUAACUUUAGAAGAGGCAUUAAAAGUGAUGAAAGGGGUGGCCCAAGGUCUACAAACAUUGCAUGGAGCUAAUAUAGUACAUGGAUCUCUGCAUGGAAAUAAUGUUUUUGCUGUGAAUCGAAAACAAGGAAUUGUUGGAGACUUUGAUUUCACAAAAUCAGAGGAACAACGUGCUGCUGCAAACACUAUGGUUGUCGGUACCCUGAGCUUAGUUUCUCCAGAGCUGAAAAUGGGUCAGCCAGCUUCUCCAGCCUCUGACAUGUAUGCUUAUGGCUGUAAUAUUGGCUGCCUCCUGUUCUGGCUUUGCGUUCAAAACCAGGAGUUUGGCAUAAAAGAAGAUGGAACACCUGAGGUGGAUGUGGUUGUCAUGGAUGAUAAAGUUAAAUCUCUUCUCCAGAAUUUGUUCUGCUGUAACAGACUGACAGCUGAGCAGGUGCUGAAGGAUGAUUGCUUCCUUGUAGUUGAUACGAUUCCAGUUUCACCACAACCAGGACAGUCUGUUGUGGUGUCACCAGAACCUGAAAAAUCUGUGAAAAACGAGUUCUUAGUAGUGUUGCCUUACGUGCCUUGUGAUGCUGUUACUUUGUUCAUGGUGCCAUUUGCAAGUAAUGUGACUGCUAAUGCGCAUAACCUGAGACUGAUCAUUGGGGUGCCGUGCCAGCAACAGUUCCUGCCACCUACUAACUUCAUUUUGAAGUUUGAAAAGCUCCCCAGAAAUGAUCAGUCUUUAGAUAGACGGAUAUUUAUACGCUUUGAUGAGAUCAUGCCUGAGCCUUCUGGUGUGCAGGCUGAGCUCUCGGCCUCUCCUCAUGGGGCCAAUGCUCAAGUCCACGUAGCCAUCUUCAUGACUCUUUGCUGCACUCACUCCA